UGGGUUUUAAAAGUGAAAGUUGCGUUCGUCUUCUUUUUGACCUUGUUUUAAUGUCACCUACGUAACUGAAUAACGUUCUAUUUUUUAUUGAGCGCUGUGCUUGCACCUUGGUAUACUAAGUGAGUUAAAAUAGCCUUUAAUCGUGAUGCACAAACUGAUUAUUCAUAUGACUUGAACUCUAUAUUUUUGGCAUGACAGUUAUGGCUUUCCGAAGCGUCAAACUCUUUGCUCUUGAGCUGGACGGUCCGGGGGAUGCUGUGUACAGCAGUGGAGAGAUGAUCACUGGCGUGGUGAUCCUGGAGCUCAACCGGGAAAUCAAAGUCCGAGCCCUGAGAGUCCUGAGACGCGGGGUCGCUGCAGCCCACUGGCUGGAAAACCGCAGCGUCGGCGUGAACACCGUCUAUAACGACUACACAUCCAAGAUCACUUACUUCAGGAAGCGACAGCACCUUAUCCGAGAGGCAUGUAUUUUAGAUGUUGCUUGGGCAUUUUCCCACUGAGAAUGGGUAACACAUGGAUACUUAAAUCAGUCGUGGGCCCAGUGUCUCACCUGGUUGCCCGUUGAU